AUGGAAAGCUUCGUCAAGUCUCGUGAAACCCGGCCUCAGCUGCUUCAAAGCCUCUUGGCCGCACUUCCGCCGUUGGACCCUUCCCUCGAAGAGUUUCGCGAUGUCGCCACGCUUCCAGAUGGCUACAAGAUUGACCUCCAAAUCGUUCGCCCCAAAGGCGUGAACGAAGCCCAGGGCGGCAGGCCUCUCAUCCUCCUAUGGCCAGGUGGCGGCUUCAUCGUGGCGGGGGUUGAGCCGACAACCCGACCCGCUCGGGAGUUCGCAUUAGAGUUCGGUGCUGUCGUCGUCAACGCGACUUAUCGUCUGGCUCCGGAGCACAAGUUCCCCCAGUCCGUCAGGGAUGGCUGGGAGACGGCCGUUUGGCUGUCCAAAAACGCGAGUCGCUUCGGUGCGGACAUCACCAAGGGCUUCGUCGUAGGCGGCUUCUCCGCCGGAGGAAACAUCGCCGCCGUCGUCGCCCAGCGGUCCGGUGUCGAGGGACUCGGAAUCACCGGCGUCCUCAUGGGAAUUCCCGUCCUCUUCGUCAAGGAGAUCGUCCCGCCCAAGUACGCUGCGGAGUGGACAUCGCGGGAAGAUAACGCUACGUGGAGUGAGUCGUUCACGACGGCGAUCAUCCAAGACGUUCAAAAGGCUCUGGAACCCGACGUGAAGUCGCCGUGGUACUCUCCCAUCAACGACCCUGAGGCGAUCCCCAAGUCGCCAAAGGCGUACAUCCAAGUCGGAGACAGAGACCCCUUGAGAGACGACGGCUUGAUUUAUGCAAAGGUUCUGAGAGAUAAUGGCGUCGAAGCGAGAGUUGAUAACUACCCGAACUGGGGACAUCAAGGAUGGACCAUUUUCGCACCCAAGGAUAUACCCGCGGAUUUGGCAGCGAACACGAUGAAGGGAAUGAAGUGGCUUCUGGGCAGAGAAUAG